CAGCACAGCCUGGCCCAUUCUCAUUCAACAUUCCAAAUUAAUCCUCUACCUUUCUUGCCGUUUUCUACCAGCAACUCUUUUCAAAAACCCUAAACCCUAACAAAAGUCAGGGUUGGUAGUCGCUGUUUUGAUUAUCUUACAUUAACGUAAAUAAAAAUGUUGAGAAGGAACAUUCGAUUGAGGAGAGAGUAUUUGUACAGGAAGAGCUUGGAAGGCAAAGAGCGUUUGCUUUAUGAGAAGAAACGGAAGAUCAAAGAAGCCCUUGAAGAGGGAAAACCCAUUCCAACUGAACUCCGGAAUGAGGAGGCCGCGCUUCGCCAAGAAAUUGACCUUGAAGAUAAUUACACUUCCAUUCCCAAAACUCAUAUUGAUGAUGAAUAUGCAAAUGCAACUGUACGAGAUCCUAAGAUUUUGCUGACAACAUCUCGUGAUCCAAGUGCUCCUCUUAUACAGUUUGUUAAGGAAUUGAAGUUUGUCUUUCCUAAUGCAGAGCGAAUGAAUCGUGGUGGCCAGGUUAUAUCUGAAAUUAUUGAAAGUUGCCGUGCGCAUGAGUUUACAGAUGUAAUUUUGGUUCAUGAACAUCGGGGUAUACCAGAUGGUUUGAUUAUAAGUCAUCUACCUUUCGGUCCCACAGCAUACUUUGGGUUACUCAAUGUGGUUACAAGACAUGAGAUUAAAGACAAGAAAGCCAUCGGAACAAUGCCCGAGGCUUACCCUCAUUUGAUUCUUGAUAAUUUUAAAACCAAGCUGGGUGAAAGAACAGCGAACAUUCUAAAACAUUUAUUCCCUGUGCCAAAGCCUGAUACAAAACGUAUUGUGACUUUUGCUAAUCGGUCUGACUAUAUUUCAUUCAGGCAUCAUAUCUAUGAGAAGCCUGGAGGUCCUAAAUCAGUUGAGUUAAAGGAGAUUGGUCCGAGGUUUGAAUUGCGGCUUUACCAAGUAAAAUUAGGAACAAUGGAGCAGAGUGAAGCCCAGAUUGAAUGGGUUAUUAGACCAUACAUGAACACAACCAAGAAACGCAGCUUCAUUGGGAACGAGCCAGAACCAGAUGAUAAAAGAAAGAGAAAUAAAGCUUGAAAUUUGUCAUUUUCUCGUUAUUAUGUUGUUUUGGUUAGGCUUUCAUUUAUGUUUUUAAGCUUGUUUGAAUUAUUAACAUUUCAUAUCAAUUUUAAUUUACAGAAACAAUUAUGUUA